UCUGAAAGGGGGUCUUAAGCAUACGAGAGGAAAAUAAGAGUGGAUAUAAAUUACGAGCGAUACCACACACAUGUUCAUACAAUGAGAAUAGAGACACAUGUGUGGUAUCGCUCGUCAUUUAUAUCCACUCUUAUUUUCCUCUCGUAUUCUUACGACCCCCUUUCAAGCGUUCUAUUGUUCUGUGACGCUUUCUUCUUUUGCCAAAUUAGAACGUGUGAAACCUAUAGACAGAGAAACGAAAAGAAUGUUGUAACAGAAGCCACGAAAUUCAAAUAGAUCUUACUUAAUGAACAACUAUUGCCCCGAUUUUUCACUCGGAAUUAUCGUCUCUCAUCAUCAUCUGUAGGAUCUUUAACGUUUCUCGGCUCUUGUACGCGAGACGACGAUUGGUCUCGCUGUCUUCAUCACGAGGCCACAUGGUAAGAAGUUAACAAUUCUACAAGAAUUCGUAUCCUUUGUAUGUACGCGACGAGAAAAUGACUCAUCGCGCGUAAUUACGUCAUCCAGAUCAUGAUCAUCAUACGUCCAUGAUUAUGGAAGAACCGAGCAGCGCGACUGUGUCUGCUAAGGCCGCCGAGGAGAAUGGAAAUUGUGGUGAAAGCGAGAACCUAGAGCCUAGAUUCGAGUGUCCCAUUUGUCUAACAUGGCUACGCGAUCCGGUUUUAACAUCCUGCGGACAUAAGUUCUGUUCACAGUGCAUAUACACUUGGCUUCAGAAGAACGGUGCUUGUUGCCCUGUCGACAGUCGACCGUUGAAGUCUGAAAAUGAUCUCUUCAGAGAUCUUUACACCAGCAGGGAGAUAUCCCAGCAACGUACGAACUGUCCCUAUCAGCAAUUCGGCUGUCAAGUGGGAUUGUCACCUGUGGACAUGGAAACGCACAUUAGUCAGUGCACUUAUAAGAGAAAUCUUUCCGAGUCUCAAGCAGGUACCACCACUGCUAUGUCAGCGGAGUCGAAAUUGUGGGACCCACCUCCCAAGAAAGAGACGCAGGUUUCCGAAAGGGAAGGACCCCCUCCUAAUUGGGAACUGUUGAUGAAAAACCUGUACGAAAGAUUAGUGAUUUUAGAGCAGGAAAAUCGCGAGCUCAUUAUAACGGUUUCUAAUCAGAAAAAGCAAUUAACUGCACUGCAAACGUCGAUCAGCUUUAAUCAGGAAGAGACGUGCUUACGAAAUUGCAACGGGGUUUACGUGUGGAGGUUGAAGUCCUUCCAAGAGAAACUCACGACCAUGAUGAGCGAUCCUCUAAAGAUGUUUUACAGUCCCGGCUUUUACACGAGUUCGAACGGAUAUAAGAUCUGCGCUAGGAUCAACGUGUCCUCCAGGGACUCGAAUUAUCUCUCAUUGCUCUUGCAUAUUAUGAAGUCGGAGAACGACGACGCCCUCGAUUGGCCGUUCAACGGCACGAUGUGCUUCGUGUUGGUACAUCCGCGUGAUUCCGGGAAGAACAUACGCGAAAUGACAUUGUCAAGGCCGGAUCUCGAGGCGUUUCGCAGGCCAACAUGCGAAUUGAAUAAACGUAGCUUCGGUUACAUCGAAUUCGUGCGCUUGAACGACGUGAUGGAUUUCGUGCAACACGACAGUUUGGUUUUUCGAAUAGAGGUUCGCGCGUACGAUAAAUUUAACACUUCACCGAUAUGAGUGAUCCGGGUCGACACACUACACUCAGAUGAUACCGUCCUAAUUGAACCGUGCAAUCGUAUCUGUGCGACGCGAGUGAUCGAGAUUAUAUUAAUUCCACUUUAUUUCUUUACACUUGUGAAAUUAGUAUUAAAUCACUUGUUCCUUAUUUUUAAAUACUAUACUCAAACUGUUUGCACAUACAUAUAGACACACUACAAAUAUUUUUCAGAUAAUAAAUUAUCUUUACUGUAA